AUGGAGCCCUGGACGUCUGCCCCGUGCCGUGUCCACGCCCUUCUGCUUUUGUUGCUGCUGCUCCUGCUGCUGCUGCAGAGACCCCCAGGGUGCUUGGGCACGGGCGAUGCCUCAGGGAGAGUGUCUGCUGCUGCUGCCCAGGACGACCCCUGCGGGCCCCGAGCUCCCCGGCAGGCCCCAACCCCCCGGGCCGUGCCUGUGACUCCGAUUCAGGGAGUACCCUCCUGCGGCUUCUCUAAGGAGCGGGACCCCACCCUCAGAGACCCGGAGGCCAUGGCUCGGCGCUGGCCGUGGAUGGUCAGUGUGCGAGCCAAUGGCAUACACAUUUGUGCUGGUACCCUCAUUUCCUACCGGUGGGUGCUGACCGUGGCCCACUGCCUGACUGAGAGCAAUGUUCACUACACAGUCAAGAUGGGGAGCCCGUGGUUGGACCGGGAGGCGAACUCUACCUCCGAAGUCUCGGUGCUCCAAGUCAUCGUGAACAGCAGGUUCCGAGCCCAGCGUUACUGGUCCUGGAUCGGCCACGCCAAUGACAUUGGCCUCCUUGAGCUGCAGCAGGUGUCCCGGUAUAGCAAGUACGUCUGGCCCAUCUGCCUGCCCGGCCCGGACUUCACGGUGAAGGAACAGACCGUGUGCACUGUGACGGGCUGGGGGCUCUCCAAGGCUGAUGGCACGUGGCCCCAGUUCCGGACCAUUCAGGAGAAGGAAGUCACCGUCCUGAGCACCAAGGACUGUGACAGCUUCUACCACAAGUUCUCCAGGACGCCCAAGCUGGUUCGGAUCGUCAACCCCCAGAUGCUGUGUGCAGAGGACACCAGCAGGGAGGAGUUCUGCUACGAGGAAACUGGCGAGCCCUUGGUCUGCCUUUCGGGGGGUGCAUGGUACCUGCUGGGGAUGGCGAGCUGGGGUGCAGGCUGUGAGAAGAGACAGGCCCCGCCCAUCUACAUGCAAGUCUCCUCAUACCAUCAGUGGAUCUGGGACACCCUCAACAACCUGCAGCCCCAGGGCCCGCCAGCCCCCUCCAGGGCCCUGCUCCUGGCCCUGGUGCUGCCCCUCGCGCUCCUCACUGCUGUGUGACACUCUGCAUGCUGUCCCUGGGCACGCCCCCCCCCCAGGCCCCUCCUUGCCCUCUGCCCGGGGUGCUGCAGGUGCAGCUCUCAGAGCCCUGUGGGCCAGGGCGGAAACUAGGCACUCAAUUAAAUGCUUCCCUUUCCCACGCCUCACUUCUUCCCCAGGCCUGGGAGGCCUGCGCUGUCUGGGUCUGCUGUAGGGGGGAGGCAAGUGAUCUGGAUGGUGAGGGUGUGGGGGACUGCUGAAGAGUGUAGGGCCCCUGGCUGGCGCCACAGCUCAGUAGGCUAAUCCUCUGCCUGCAGCACCGGCAUACCGGGUUCUAGUCCUGGUCAGGGCACCAGAUUCUGUCCCAGUUGCCCCUCUUCCAGGCCAGCUCUCUGCUGUGGCCCAGGAGUGCAGUGGAGGAUGGCCUGGGUGCUUGGGCCCUGCACCCGCGUGGGAGACCUGGAGAGGCACCUGGCUCCUGGCUUUGGAUCAGCGCGGUGCGCCGGCCGUGGCAGCCAUUGGAGGGUGAACCAAUGGCAAAAGGAAGACCUUUCUCUCUCUCUCUCUCUCUUUCUCUCUCUCUCUCACUGUCCACUCUGCCUGUCAAAAAAAAAAAAAAAAUGCAGGGCCCCUAAGAUCUAUGUCCAUGAAAA